AUGUAUUUUCUAUGUGUAGUAGUAGUUUUAACGAUAAGUUCUAUUACAAGUUCUAAUUCAUCGUUAUUUGAAAGCGACUCCUGUUAUUCUUUCGGAAGCGGUAAUGUUUUUCCAGGCGGCGCUAGAAAAAUUGAUCAUAAAUUACAAUUUACAAAAGCAAUGAUAUCAAAACCGGCACCAGAGUGGGAGGCAACAGCAGUUGUAAAUGGAGAAUUUACUCAGCUCUCUUUGUCCAGUUUCAAAGGAAAAUACUUAGUUUUUUUCUUUUACCCUUUAGACUUCACCUUUGUUUGUCCAACUGAAAUAUUAGCAUUUUCCGAAAGAAUUGAAGAGUUUAAGAAAAUUAAUACAGAAGUAGUGGCCUGUUCUGUUGACUCUCAUUUUACACAUUUAGCUUGGAUAAACACACCACGCAAAGAAGGUGGUCUGGGAAAAAUUAACAUACCACUCUUAAGUGAUUUAACACAUUCCAUAGCUAAAGAUUACGGUGUCUAUUUGGAAGAUUUAGGUCAUACCUUGAGAGGAUUAUUUAUAAUUGACGAUAAAGGUAUUUUAAGACAAAUUACUAUGAAUGAUUUGCCAGUUGGCAGAUCAGUAGAUGAAACUUUAAGACUAGUUCAAGCAUUUCAAUAUACUGACAACCAUGGAGAAGUAUGCCCAGCUGGAUGGAAACCUGGUCAAGAUACUAUAAUUCCCAAUCCAUCAGAAAAGAAAAAAUAUUUUGAAAAAGUAGCAAAAAAUUAA